AAACAUGGAGAACAUGAGUUAAAGAUGGGAACUGUGCUGUCAUACUUUUGCCAUUUGUGUGGACACGGAAAUAAGGAAGAGAAGGAGAGAUGCUUGCGGGCUAAUGACAGCACUUUCAACCUAUCUUUCCGCUAUGCUAACAAUGCCAUCAAGACCUCCAAAUACAACAUCUUCACCUUCCUGCCACUUAAUCUUUUUGAGCAGUUCAAGAGGCUCGCUAAUGCCUACUUCCUCUUCCUGCUCAUCCUUCAGUUGAUCCCACAAAUCUCCUCUCUCUCAUGGAUUACUACAGGUUUCGCCUUAAUAGUAGUGCUUUCUAUAACAGCAGUCAAAGAUGCCAUUGAUGACAUAAACAGACACAAAUGUGACGGACAAGUCAAUAACCGGAAGGUGGACGUCCUCAUGGAUGGCCAACUCAAAAAUGAAAAAUGGAUGAAUGUUCAGGUCGGGAACAUAGUCAAACUGGAGAAUAAUGAGUUUGUCACAGCAGACCUUCUGUUGCUGUCUAGCAGUGAGCCCCUUAAUUUAGUUUAUGUGGAAACAGCUGAACUAGAUGGAGAAACCAAUCUGAAGGUGAAACAGGCUCUGACUGUAACUGGAGAGCUGGGAGACAACAUUGAGGCACUCGCUGCCUUUAAUGGUGAAGUGCGAUGUGAACCUCCCAAUAACCGUCUAGACAAGUUCAAAGGGACUCUGACUUUGAAUGGAGAAAGAUAUGCCUUGAACAACGACAAAGUGCUGCUCAGAGGCUGUACUCUCAGGAACACUGAGUGGUGCUUCGGUCUGGUCAUCUUUGGAGGUCCUGACACUAAACUGAUGCAGAACAGCGGGAAGUCAAUAUUCAAACGGACAAGCAUUGAUCACCUGACGAAUAUCCUGGUGUUAUGUAUCUUUGGUUUCCUGGCAUCUAUGUGCUCCAUUUUGACCAUUGGCAAUGCAAUCUGGGAAACAAAUGAGGGCUCUGUGUUCACUAUGUUUCUUCCUCGUGAACCGGGCAUUGAUGCUCCUCUCUCAUCAUUCCUCAUCUUCUGGUCUUAUGUCAUUGUCCUUAACACAGUGAUACCCAGUUCACUUUAUGUCAGCGUGGAGUUCAUUCGUCUGGGAAACAGCUUCUUCAUAAACUGGGACAGGAAGAUGUACUAUCCUAAGAAUGAUACUCCAGCUCAGGCAAGAACCACCACACUCAGUGAGGAGCUAGGCCAGAUUAAAUACAUCUUCAGUGACAAGACUGGCACUCUGACACAGAACAUCAUGACUUUCAACAAGUGCUCCAUUAAUGGAAAAGCUUACGGGGACCUCUAUGAUUUCUCUGGACAAAGAGUGGAAAUUACAGAGAGGACAGAGAGAGUGGACUUCUCCUGGAACAAUCUGGCUGAUCCAAAGUUCAGCUUUCAUGACCACAGUCUGGUGGAGAUGGUGAGAAGUGGAAACCCUGAGACUCAGGAGUUCUUCCGCUUGUUAUCCCUGUGUCACACUGUUAUGCCUGAGGAAAAGAAAGAGGGAGAGCUCAAUUAUCAGGCUCAGUCACCUGAUGAAGGCGCUCUGGUGACUGCUGCAAGAAACUUUGGAUUUGUGUUCCUAUCACGCACACCAGAAACCAUCACAGUAGUAGAGAUGGGCAAACAAGUCAUCUAUGAACUUCUGGCCAUUCUGGACUUUAAUAAUAUGAGGAAGAGAAUGUCAGUGAUAGUGCGCAGCCCAGAGGGGAAGCUGACUCUAUACUGCAAAGGUGCAGACACCAUGAUCUUUGAAAGACUGCACCCCUCCUGUAACAAACUGAUGGAAGUAACCACUAACCACCUCAAUGAGUAUGCAGGUGAUGGCCUCCGUACACUUGCUCUGGCCUACAAAGACUUAAAUGAGGACUACAUGAUAGAUUGGAAACAGCGCCACCAUGAGGCCAGUGUUGCCAUGGAGGGACGUGAAGAAAAACUUGAUGAACUUUAUGAAGAGAUAGAGAAAGAUAUGAUGCUGUUGGGAGCGACAGCUGUAGAGGACAAGUUGCAAGACGGUGUGCCGGAGACCAUUGAGCAACUGGCUAAAGCGGACAUCAAAAUAUGGGUGUUAACUGGAGAUAAGCAAGAGACAGCAGAGAACAUUGGCUAUUCCUGUAACAUGCUAAGAGAGGAGAUGAAGGACGUCUUUGUUGUCUCAGCCAACACUGCUGAAGGUGUCAAAGAGGAGCUACAGAAUGCACGAAGAAAAAUGUGUCCUGAAGCAGCAGAGGAGCCAACUGUGAUUAAAUCUCGAGAAGGCCUGUUUUGGCUUAAAAAGACAGAGACUGUGCAGGAUGAGAAGGUGGAUGGAGAUUAUGGACUAAUAAUAAAUGGGCACAGUCUGGCUUUUGCACUGGAGAAGAAGUUGAGGUUGGAGCUGCUGAGGACAGCAUGCAUGUGUCAGACAGUGAUUUGCUGCAGGGUCACUCCUUUGCAGAAGGCCCAAGUGGUUCAGCUGGUCAAGAAAUACAAGCAGGCUGUCACUCUUGCUAUUGGGGAUGGAGCCAAUGAUGUCAGCAUGAUAAAGGUUGCUCAUAUUGGUGUAGGUAUCAGUGGGCAGGAAGGCAUGCAGGCAGUGCUGUCCAGCGACUAUUCCUUUGCCCAGUUCCGUUACCUUCAGCGCCUCCUGCUGGUGCAUGGCCGCUGGUCCUACAUCCGCAUGUGCAAGUUCCUUGGAUAUUUCUUUUACAAGAACUUCACUUUUACGCUUGUCCAAUUCUGGUACGCCUUCUUUUGUGGUUUUUCUGCACAGACUGUUUAUGAGGACUGGUUCAUCACCUUCUACAAUAUGGUUUACACAGCUCUUCCAGUCCUUGGCAUGUGUCUGUUUGACCAGGAUGUAAAUGACCGUUGGAGUUUAUACCAUCCUCAGCUCUACGCUCCAGGCCAGAAGAACCAAUACUUCAAUAAGAAAGCUUUUGUGAGCUAUCUGAUUCAUGGCUGCUAUUGCUCCUUAAUCAUCUUCUUUAUCCCAUGGGCUUCCAUGAAUGAUGCAGUCAGAAAUGAUGGAAAAGACAUUGUGAGCCAUCCAUCUUUUGCUUUAUUGGCACAGACUUGUCUGCUUAUUGUGGUGCACACACAGCUGUCUCUUGACACCUAUUACUGGACAGCAGUGAACCAUUCUUUUGUGUGGUUAAGCACGAUAGGCUACUUUGCCAUCUCAGUCACCAUGUACAGCAAUGGCAUGUUUUAUGUCUUCCCGUCUUCUUUCCCCUUAUUUGGCGCAGCAAGAAACACUUUGAACCAGCCUAAUGUGUGGCUCACCAUAUUCCUGACGUUCCUCCUCUGUAUCCUGCCUGUUGUAGCUUUCCGCUUCAUUUUUAUACAGCUUUGUCCUACCAUUAAUGACAAGGUGAGGUAUAAGAUGCGUACAGAGGAGUUGACUGCACCUGCACCUCGUCGUCUACUGAGAAGGCGUAGUACUCGAUCAGGCUACGCCUUCUCUCACUCCCAGGGCUACGGUGAUCUGGUAACAUCUAGAAAAUUCCUGAUAAAACGCCCCCUAAAGAUGACAGCUCUGUUCACCCAGACAGACUCUUCCAUAUUUCAAAAUCAGCCACAGCACUACCGCACUAUUGCUGAGGAGCCACAGAGUCCUUAG